CGUAAGCCCCAACCAAGUUGACAAAAUGGGUUUUCACAUGGGACGACAGCUGCUACUCUCCGGAUUCCUGCUGGUGAUGCUUCAGAUGGUGACCCAAACACAGGCCAGGCCACAGGAUGUGAUCACAGUUGCCGGCGAGGAGACGGAGGUGGUGAUCAAACAGGAGGGCGAUGGCGAUGGAGACGACGAUGACUCCUCCUCCGAGGAAACAGUCGAGGAUUCCGAGGAAAGCAGGCGCAGGCGACGCGAGGUGAAUACGGACAACACGCCAUCGGCUCGAGCGGUCAUUCCAGGUUUGCCAGAUCCGGCCACCAUAAUCAAGAUCGCUGAGCUUUUUCAAUCCGUAGGCGAGCAAGUAGUCCCCAUUCUCUUGGAGGCCAUUCUUCCCAGCGUGGAUGAAGCGGGCGAUCGCUUCGCAAGAUCUCUGCAAUUUCUGAAAAACUUGACCCCUGCCUCCGAAUUGUUUGGCGUCGAGAAGAACGAAUAGACCAGCCAAAUUUCAAGUGACUACCAUGGAAGGAACUGGACCGGAACUGGUUUGACUUUUGUAUCUGCAUAGUGUAUCUUAAACAAGUGAAUAAUAUUUUGAUGUAGUUUGGUUUCUUGAGUUUCUUGAAA